UCUUUUGAUGACAUACAAAUUUUUUUAGUAAGUUACAGACUGUAACGAUUGAAAUAUAAUAUACUUUCCUUUUUUUUUUAACGCUGGAUAAAAAUAAAAAUAAAUAUACUUUCCUAAGCUUUUGUCUUUUGAUGUAAGUGGAUGUGAUUCACCAAUCACCAAGUAGUAACCUAUUAAACUUUCCAGGAAAUUGAGUACCACUCACUAAAAAUGUAAAUACAUAUAAAUAAAAAUAAAAAAUUCCUUAUCCAAAAGGCAAAGGAGGAGAGUGAGUGUGAGAGAGAGAGAGAGAGAGAGAGGGAAGGAGACACGAAGCUCUCUGAAAAAAAAACACACAAAAAUGGCGAUAACACCUCUACGAAUCACGACCCCUUUCCCAUCUCAACCCUUUCUCCCAGCCGCAAAGCCACACGCUUCAAAGCUCUUCACGGUCCGCGCCACCGACGUCGAAUCAACGGAAGAGACUCCUCAACCCGACUCAGACACCGAAAACUCCGAAGACUUCGAGUCACGUCUCUCGAACAUCCGUCUCAGAUACCGAAGCGGAACUGGGAAGAAAGCAGAGGUUAGAAAGUCUAAGAAAGGGUCAUCAGCAGCCGGCGGGCAAUCGUCGAAAAGCUCGGGGCUUUACUUGCCGCCGGUGAGUCUAAAGGAGCCGGUUUCGGGCGGGUUGAAGGUGGAGUUGGGGUUUACGCCUUACACGGAGCGGCUCAACGGGAGGAUGGCGGGGUUGGGGCUCGUGGCUUUGCUUCUGGUGGAGCUGGCGACGGGGAAGAGCUUGUUGAGUUACCACACGCCUUCAGUUGUGUGGCUUCAGAUCUAUUUCAUGGCGGCUGUUUCGGCUAUGUUUGUUAAGAUUGAGAAGGAGAAGGUUAGUGUCUGGCCUAAGGAUUAAAAUGGUCUAUGUGAAAAAUGUUGCUUUGUGUGCUUUUGUAAUGUAUGUAAUGUAUACUCUUAUAGAAUUGAACAAUUUAAAGGAUCUCAAUCUGGAGUGAGUUUGUUGUUGUUCUAAGUAAAUGCAAAUGCAAGUUUUUUUAAAAUU